AUGGUGACAUACAUUUAUUCUUCAUACCUCGGUCUUCUCGUCAACCUACAACGUACAAGACCAAUGCCCACUCUCUCAACAAUUGGCAUUGACAGCCUUGAAAAGCCCUGCCUGGGCAAUGCGACACAGCAGGUUGGCCGUUGGAGGGGCGGGGGAACUGCUUUGCUGCACCUAGUUCUUGAAGAGGGUUCCGUGGCUGGCCACUCACAGACACGAUCGGUCGUGGAGUGGAUAGAGCCCGCAUGGAGUCGACAGGCGUCGGCGCUUAAUUUCAGGUGGAUGACAUGCUUUCCCCUGCCGAGUCACGAUGUUGUUGACGAACCACAAUUGUCUGGCAGUCUGUUUCUCUGUCUGUGCGUGAAAGAGAAGAGAAAAAUUAAAAAGAAAAGUGACAGCUGGAGUAUGGAUAGAGAGCCUGAUAUUUCUCACUCUGUGUCUACCUCUUACAUUCACCCACUUACACGAGCAUCACACGCACAAAAGGCAGUGACUGCAUGUAAACCGCCCCCCAAUUUCCCUCUCAGCGCCCCAAUGCGCCGUGCUGGGGUCGAGUCACAAAUUCUCUUCGCCCUUUUCCCUGUACGAAAAACACGGAGCCAUUUGCCCAACUCUGGCUCAACUCCCAACGUGCAUCUUCGCUGUGCCGCCAACCCAGCCCGGCCGGGCUCCAUUUCUGACGGCCAGCACAUCAAGCACAUGCUCCGCGGGCCAAACCAGAGGCCUCAAUUCGCUCUGUCACAGCGCCAAUCUGCUCGGUUCGUGGUCCGCGAUGCCCCUCGACCCCUGCGCUUCCGUCCAGAGACACUUGUCAACCCGAGCUGAUUGGCAGCGUUUGACCCGACGAUCUGGUCCCGGCGCUACUGCUCAGACGAAGCUGGUUAGGCUCGGACGAGGCCCACUCGUUCUCAACCCGUCUGUGGGCCGCCGAUUUUCUGUUCCCCGAAGCGUUACAGUUAGCGUGGGCGAGGUUGGUGUUUUUGGUGUUGUUGCGUGUUAUACGGCCAUGUUGUUAUUCUUGCCUGCUGUACGAGUAGGAAUCAAAGGAUGCCGG